CUUAAAACUUAUUGACAUGACGAUAAUCCCAUCACUAAGACUAGAGCGCGCUUACCUUCAGGCUCGCGAGCACAGUUACUAUACAGUCUCCGCGUUUCUUCACACAGCUUUCGUGUGAGGGACUUUGGCGGGAAAACCAUCAAGGAUGAGCUCGUCUGUGGCAGAGCCAGACGCGCCCGAUCUAGUAUGCCAGAUCGACAAUGUCCAAGGCAUGGUCGAUGCCCUCUCCGCCGUCAGAUGGAAACGCAAUCAGGACGCGGUGGUCGAAUUGUCGGAGCAUGGUCUCGUUUUGGUCGUCGAGGAUACCGGUUGUCUCCAAGCCAAAGUUUAUCUUAAACGGGAGCUUUUUGUUAGAUAUGAUUAUAGUGCACAUGGGCGUCCUCGUUUUGGACUGAGCUUGGGGCUCUUUGUCGAUUGCUUGAACACAUUUUCAGUUCCAGGGCAAUCAAGCACACUUGAAAUCCAAUAUCCGGGGCCAGACAUGCAGCUCCUUCUCAGGUCUGUUGAUACACUGGGCGCCUGCAUUUAUGCGGAGAUCAGAACAAGAAUCCCUGAGACAAUUUCAUGGGACUACAACUUUGAACCUGCAGGAAGCACACCUCUCAGCUUUACUGUUAAGUCUGCAGCGCUGAAAGAAGCUAUUGAUGAUCUUGAAUGGCCGGGAUCAAGUAUCCAGAUUACUCUACAACCAGAUCCCCCCUGUGUCACCUUCAGAAGUGAAGGGCAUGGAGACUUGCAGAUAGACUUCAUGUAUCAUGCAAAUCCUGAUCUUCUGAAUGCCUUUCAAUGUGAUCACCAAGUUGCUUACAAGUAUAAAUACAAGUUCCUCCGAGCAACGACUUCAAAUCUACCAGGAAGUGUCAUUAAAGAUAACCGAGGAAGCAAGUUGACCAUUGGGAGGGGUGGAAUAUUGAAAGUUCAGCAUCUAGUUUCAGUUGCAAGAAUGUCUAAUCCACAAGCACAUAUUGUGUCUGCUGGAUAUCAGCAACCCAGUCGAAUUGCAUACAUCGAGUUCUUUUUGAAGCCUGAGGAAGAUGCAGACACAUAACCAUUAAGAAGCAAAUCUUGCUCAUUAGCUUACAGUAAUCAAGCCGACAUAUACUUUCCAUGUCAAGCUGACACUAGAUGUGUUCACACUGUCAUGAAGGGAUAUGUACAACCCAGCACACUUCUGUACCGUUUCGACAUUUUUGAUUUAGGGGAAAAUAUUUAGGAAUGGCCAAUGAUUCUUCUGUAAGUUCCAAUUUGAUCGCAUGUCCCCGAAGGGACAUGAUUCUUCUGAUGUAGCAGUAGCACCUCCACAUUCUUGCUCAGCUAGACUGAUAUAUGGUGUCAAUGCUGCUUUUUUUUUUUUUU